AACGCGUUGUUAGCUCGGCAACGAAACGCACAGAUGUAGUAGAAAUGGUUCGUAUAAUAGCGUUUUAGGGUGGAUUACCCGUAGCGAAUACCAAAAUAGCUAUAGCCCGAAAGGAACAAAAGACAACUGUAAGAGGUCUGAAAGCGAACAUUAUGAGGCUAUGACCCCGACUCGCCGAAGACAUACAUACGUUUCUGUGGAGCACACUUUACACAUAAGGCUUCUUGUCUGGCCUUUUUACUCUAAGGACCAACUACCCCUGCUGUUCUGUUUCCUGUCAUACACGCUCGAUGGUGUUUUGAGCCCUCAACGUCGUCUUCAAGGCAGCGGCUGCCUGGAAGGUGGCUGGAAGGUGGUCCCGCCCCCAAAACUCUGAGCCAAUCAAUGCGCUACCCACUUGGAGCGCAUAUUCAAACUUUCUGUUUAGCGCUCUCAUUCCACCUCUCAACCAACUGUGAAAGCUCCACAUUUUCAAAGGCAAUGGAGAAGCAUUGGCUGAAGUCAAUCGAAGAUGGCUUAAAGAAGGAAAGGGACCCUAGAAUAAAGCGAUCCUUUGAUAUUCUUGAAGAGAAUAUUCCUGAGGAUGUUUUCAUGAGGAAUCGCCUUGAUAGGAUAAAUGAAAUGGAGAAAGGAAGAUUCCUUUAUAAAAAAAAAAGACCAAAUGUAAUUCAGUGGAGGUGUGAGCGAUCCCGCCAUUCAACCGGAUCGUCAACGGGAGAUCCAAUGAAGACAAGGGCAAAUUCUUGCCCAGCGUAUGUGUCCUUUCAGUUCGUAAGCUCAGUCAGUUUUCGAGGUUGUAUUGUCAGAGAAAUGUGCGAACACAGUGGCCAUGACCUCACCAAUAUGGAAGAAAAUGCAAUCAAUCGCAUCAAUGAGGAUUUGGUCGAAUUCAUCCAUGACUGUAUUUCCAAAGGGGUCUCUAAUAGUGCCAUUCUAUUGAAAGCCACGGACUGGUCACAGAGGCUUGGAAAAACGAACCUUGGGGACAGAACAUACUUUGUCACUCCAAAGGACAUUGUUGGAAUAAGAAGAAGCUUCAACAAAUACAUUAAUUUGGAUGGCAAUGACUGUAUAUCAGUGGCAAAACUCAUGAAGGCUGACCUGAAAGACAGUGUUUUACUGUACCAACCACUGUCACAUAGUGAAGACCAACCCCUCAUCAUUGUCUACAGUUCAGCAUGGCAGCUUGAGCAGCUGAAAAAAUUUGGAGGGAAGAUGAUUUUUUUGGAUGCGACCUAUAAAAGUGUCACCCAGUAUGGCUUUGCUUUUUAUGCUGUCAUGGUCAAAAAUGAUGAGGGCAAAGGAAUACCUGUGUCAUUUUUUAUUUUGAGUCAAGAGACAUCCUCAACAUUAGAGAUUUGUCUUACCAAGCUUAAAGAGGCAGCAGAUCUCACACCAAGAUGUGUUAUGGUUGACCGGGAUCAGAAAGAAAUCAAGGCAAUCAAGACUGUCUUUCCACAUGCAUCUGUGUUGCUUUGCUGGUUUCAUGUACUUCAGGCAAUCCACCGUUGGGUUGUUAAACAAGAUGGAGGCCAUGUCCAAGAUCCAGCUGUGAGAAACAUCAUCGUUCAAGGAAUAUUUUCUCUAAAGCAAUGUCGCACAGAGAGAGUAUUCCACGAAACUGCUAAGAGAGUCCUUGAACAAAUCAAGACGGCAACCGGGGCGACCAGAGUGUCAAAAUACCUCCGAGAGACCUGGCUGCAUUGUGGGGCUAUGUGGGCCAACUUUGGCCGAAUGUUUUUCCACCACCAAAGUGAGACCAACAAUGCUGUGGAGAGGUUUUUCAACGGAUUGAAAUACAAUUUCCUUGGAGGAUAUUGCAACAAAAGAUUGGAUGACCUACUACUAAUCCUCCAUAACCAUGUGGUGAAGUACUACGGCCAACUUGAUGAGCUCGUUAAUGCUGGUCGAGCCCCCACAAAAGGAUCCCAAGAAAGUGUCAUAUCAGCUGAAAGGAUGAGGUCUCAUGGGCUCGACCAAAACAUCCAGUAUUUGUCUGAGGCCCGCUUCAGUGUACCCUCAGAAAGCAAGCCUGAUGUGUUUUAUGAAGUUGACUUACUGUACAGUGUUUGCCAGUGUCCAGUCAAUGGACAAGGUCAGAAAUGUAAACACAUAGUGUUAGCUCAGAUGGUGUCUGAUGGUAUGAUUGACACAGCUGCACUCAGAGAAGACACAGCAAAUAUGCUAUGUGCAACCAACAGUUUUGUAAGUGAUGAGACAACAGUGAUGGUGCAAAAUGGAGAAAAUGUGGGUAUUGUGAAUCUUGCAAAACAGCAGUGUUCUUGCUUGGCAAGCAGUUAUGGGGAAGUAUGUGUGUGUCUGUUGGUGGCCAACAAAAUUAGUGAAUCAACACUGUCAACCACUGCCUCACAGCCAACCACACCUGUGGACCAGGAAAAUAUAGAAACAGAGAGUGAGCCACCAGUUCACCAGGCAAAAUACUGCAUUAAGGACAUGAUUUAUGAUUUGAGGAAUUGGUGUGAGUCAGAGGAGUAUCAGCCAUCACUUGGCCUUUAUACAGCAGUGAAACAUACACACCAGCUCGCCUUUGGCCGCUUCAAAACGGUCUUUAACAAAAGAAAGACUGAGCGACUGCACAAAUACAGGAAACACAUUGAACUUAGCAAAAGACGAAUUGCAAACUAUUCAAAGACAGACCACAACAAGCGGCAGAUACAAACUGUCCAUCACGACGGGGCAUUUAAGCGCAAGCGAAGACAGCGAACCCGUAAGUAGUCUUUCCCCAGUUUUCCGACCUGUCCCACACUGCCCCAAUAUAGUGUAUUAAAUUCUGCCAUCCUUAGCCCUUACUAAGCUGUUUGUGUGUGAAAUUUUAUUUUUACCAUUUUCACAUUAUUCUGUACCAACUUGGUUACUGUGUGUAUGAGGGUUGUACUUGGCUUUUAUUUUCAAUAAAGAAUACGUCACACCCCA